CUCUGGACCCCACCAAACAAGGUCGUCUCGUCUCCGCUAAAAGUAAACUUAGUUCCCAGAUCUUGCAAUUUUCCUAAACAGAGAAACAGGCAGAGGAGAAAAUUUGCACUCUCAGAAAAGGUUUGAAUCGAAUUAUUCCAAAUUCAGUUGUUGAUUGCUUGAUUGAAACUAUUAUGGGGGAAUUAACGUAUGAAAUCGGACAAAAUGCGUAUAUAAAGCUAGUGCUACACGCUUUAAAGCAUAAAUCAAGCUCCGUUAAUGGAGUUUUAGUUGGUCGAUUUGAUGCCAGCAAAGAAGUUGUUCAAAUUUCUGAUGCUGUCCCUCUUUUUCAUUCCAACAUUGGUCUCCUACCUCCUCUCGAAAUCGCCUUGAUGCAAAUAGAAGAGCAUUAUUCUAGUCAAGGUUUGAGCUUGGUGGGUUACUUCCAUGCAAAUGAAAGGGCUGAUGAUUCUGAUCUCAAUAACGUGGCUAAGAACAUUGGAGAUCAUUUGUGCCGAUACUUUCCCCAGGCGGGAGUUCUUUUGUUGGACAACAAAAAGCUGGAAGCUUUACCCAAAGUGAAAGAUCGCACUCCCGUAAUGCAGCUGUAUUCAAGAGAUGGUUCCAAAUGGAAAGUAGAGGACAGUGGUCGGCUAGUAAUGAAGGAGCCAUCAGCAAACAUAAUAUUAUUGGACUAUGUAUCUACUCAGAAAUGGGAGGACAUUGUAGACUUUGACGAUCACCUCGACAACAUUAGCGAGGACUGGCUUAAUGUUGAAUUAUUCAAGUGAGAUUUGAGCUAGACAGAAUUCAUCUGAAGCUUGAUCUGGUUGAUUUUUGAAUAUGCAACUUGGGAGUUGGGCAAAGAAAAAAGAACUGACAGAUGAAUUGAUAGGUUCAGAUCUCAUGAAUUUCCUUUUUGAUUUCCUCAUUAUUUUCGAAGUUUUGGUAAUUCUAAUUUAUUAGCUUUCUUUACCCUUACCAAGAACUAAUCAGGAUUUUGAAGCAUCCAUGUUUGUGGGGGUGAAAAUCUUAGGUCAUAUUGUAUGACUUGAAAAUCUACUAAUCUAGUACUCUGGAAGAUUUAUAUAAAAAAUAUGUGGGUCUAGAAUCAUUUUGAA